AUUUUAGAGUCUAUUAAAUUUGAAAUUGUAGUUACUAAAAGUUAGUUACAAAAUUGUUUGCAUAUCAUAGAAGGGUUGAUGUUAAUUGUACUGUUAAGAAUAUAAACUUCUAAUGAUGCCUACUUGUAGAGUUAAAGUAACAGGAAAGUAGAGUUUGCGUUGCGACAAUUAAAAAUUCUUUCGUUACUUGUGAAAAUGUACAUAAAAUAUUCAAAGCUGUAGCGGUGCCUAAUGGUGAAACUACAGUAUCCUUCCAUUAAAUAAGAACAAGUAUAAUUGAUUGUAAAUUAGAAAAUAGCAGUUGAAAACGAAAGACUGGAUUUAUGACUAACGCAUUUAUAACAAAAUAUAACACUUUUUUAAUGAUCCGUGUUUAUAGUUCUUUGCUCGAAGCAAUAGCAGAAAAAGGAACACCAAUUUUUUUGUUCAAGUGUUGCUGCAUAUUUUACGAUGAAUUGUUGCGCUUGAUGCGUUGUAGUUGAAUUUGCAAUAACACGGCAUGAAUUUAUAAUUAAUUUAUAACGCGUAUAUUAUACUGUACAGAGUAUUUUUGACCCAGUUAUUAUUAUCAUUAUUAUUAUUAAAUUAAUUUUGAACUUGUAGACGUAACUGAAAAAUAUAUUUUAACGAUAUAAAACUAGAAAGGAGUCUCGGACGAUGAUGGUAACACGUUUGGUACAGAAAUGGAAGAGAUGAAAAUAAUAUUCUUGAAAUUUCAUUGUCGUUUCUUUUCCUCGUUAGCGGAUGUUCAUUUGAAAAGAAUUUUAAAAUUUGUACCCUUGUUGUAAAUAAUAAACAUAGAAGUGAUAGUCAUGUUAUAUUCUUUAUUUAUGUCUUUAAUGUUAGACCUUAAGUGCCUUUAUCGUAUUAUGAUACAAGAAACUUUUUUAUACAUUCGAACUAAUUGUAAGCUAAGAAAGCUAAUUAGCUACUCCAUAUCAUACUGCCAGGUAUCUGUGUAAAAAUACAAUGUGAUCUUUUUCUAUUGAAACCUAUAAUAAUAAAAAACGUUUUACGAUAGUAAAGUACAUAUUUAAUCUUGUAACAUUCCUCGCUCCCUCGUAUCUACGUUAAACACCGUUUAUAUUAAUAAACACGUGAGAUUUAACUACGUAAAGAAAAUAAUACUUUGUAUAAUUUUGUAAAAUGAUAUGAACAAUUGUUUAAAUGUGACCUUCGUUGACCUCGAAUGACCUUGAAUCGUAAGUAGUUAAUUAAAUCUUAAAAGCUAAUAUCAGAUACUAGUACGAAGAAAAGAUAGCGGAUUAUGUAAAGAGAUCGUGGUGACCUUUAUUUGUCCUUGACGCGUAUACUUGGAAUAAAAUCAUUUAUGUAUUUGAAAUACUGAAAGUAUGUAGACGAAAUAUUUCAAGUGAUAAAGUUACGCGGAAUCCGUGUAUAAGCUCAAUUACCAUUAUACCAGAACCAAAUAUCGUUUAAACAUACAUAAAUAUACAUUUAAUGAAACUUUGUAAUUUUACUUUUACGCAAUUCGUUUAAAUAUCUGUUUAAUUAGAAGCGACUGGUUUAACGACAAGCGAAGUGAUCAAAUGUCUGAUCAAGGAAUAUAUCGAGUGUGAUGUAGUGGUGGAAGGUAUAUCGUGUAUAGAGUAUGGUAUACAUUUUGGUACCUUUCGCUAUUUGCUGUUACGUUACAGAAUGAGAUUUGUCUUGUCAAAUUGUCAUUGCAAAGGGAUCUCAAUUGUCGAUGCGUCGAGAAACGCACCGAUACCGAUAGACGAUAGAUAAACUCUAUCUAGUGAUCUAGCAUCUAGUCCUACAUAGACCAACGUAUAUAGACUUAAUUGCUUCAUAAUCAUAUCAAACAUGGCGCAAAUGAUGAUACCCAGGAUCGCGCUUUUAUCUAUUAGAAAUAGUAACCGUGUAAUACCACGAAUUUCUGUGCCCAUAAAAUAUCAACGAAUAUGCUUCCAUACGAGUUGGAUUCUCGACGUAAAAGGGAAGGUGGUUUCGAUGCCUUCCUUGUCGCCAACUAUGGAAACUGGCACAAUCGUCAAAUGGUUCAAAAAAGAAGGUGACAAAAUCGAACCGGGCGAUGCAAUCGCUGAUAUUCAAACCGACAAAGCUGUUAUCACAAUGGAAGUUGACGACGAAGGUGUCCUCGCGAAAAUAAUUGUGCCAGAAGGAACCAAAGACAUUAAGGUUGGAACAUUGAUAGCCCUUACCGUCGAACCAGACGAAGAUUGGAAGGCUGUAGAAAUGCCGGAUACCGCUUCAGCGGCACCUACUGUUUCUGCACCUUCCGUCUCGCCUGGUGCAACCGCCGCGAGCGUAUCGGCUGAACCACCUCCUGGCCAGAACAACAUUAGUAUGCCAGCUUUGUCGCCAACGAUGACUACAGGCACGAUAGUAAAAUGGCUUAAAAAGGAAGGAGAUGAAAUAGAACCAGGAGAUGCAGUGGCAGAGAUACAAACAGAUAAAGCUGUCAUGACAUUCGAAUUUGAGGAUGAAGCUGUGUUUGCAAAGAUUUUAGUUCCCGAAGGUAGCCAAGUCGAAGUAGGACAAUUAAUUGCUGUUACAGUGGAAAAGGGAAUGGACUGGAAGAACGUUGUUAUUCCAACAGUUACAAAACCAGUUGCGGCAUCUACUAUGUCUACUCCCGUUGCGCCAACUGGGGGUGCAACCGAUAAGAAACCUCCGCCAAGUGGACAAGUCUACGGUUUAGCAGUAAAACGAUUAUUAGAGGAGUAUGGUCUGAGUUCGGGUUCCAUCAAAGGAACUGGUCGACCUAAUCGAUUACUAAAGAGCGAUGUGUUAACUUACAUUCAAGCACAUAACAUACAAAAAGUUGUUCCAAAAACGGCAUCACCACCAACACUGACAAAAGAUGGAGAAGAACGUACCGCUACUCUUUCGAAAGGUCACGUAACCACUGGUCAACCUUCUGCGUACGAAGAUAUUCCAGUUUCCAACAUACGUGGUGUUAUUGCCAAAAGACUCGGAGAAUCAAAGAGUACUAUUCCACAUUCUUACGCUUACAUCGAUAUUAAAAUAGACAAAUUAAAUGAAAUUCGUAGCGAACUCAAGACAGAAAAUAUUAACGUUUCGAUAAAUGACUUCGUUACGAAGGCGGUCGCACACGCAUUAGUUGAAUGCCCGUCGAUCAAUACAUUGUAUCAGAAUGGUCAGAUAAUACGUAUGCCAAGAUCCGACAUUUCUGUCGCAGUUGCUACAGAGAAUGGUCUUAUUACACCAAUCGUUUUUGACAGUACAGCUAAGAGUUUGACUGAUAUUUCAAAAACUAUUCGAGAAUUAGCCGAUAAAGCUAGAAAUGGUAAACUAAAACCAGAGGAAUUUCAAGGGGGAACGUUCACAAUAUCUAAUCUGGGAAUGUUUGGUAUCAAACAGUUUAGCGCCAUUAUAAAUCCUCCUCAAACAGCGAUACUCGCUGUUGGCGGUGGUCGAGAGGAGUUAGACGUUGCACUACAAAAGACAACGAAAAUGUCAGCCACGUUGUCAUACGAUAGACGAGCAAUUACCGAAGACGAAGCUGCUGAUUUCUUAGCUGUAUUGAGAGCUAUGUUAGAAGAUCCGACUUUUCUCGUUGCUGGAAGAUUACGUGCUCUCAGGUAUGCACAGGACUGACCUUUGAUUAAAUCCUAAUUCUAAAGUGACGUUUCACGAAAAAAUGGCUUACCUUAUAAAAGUUUUAAAUUCUGUCUAGUUAAUUAAUUCAUGGUAUACCAAUUUUAAAAAUAAAACACAUUUGUUAAGCCAUUUUUCGAGUAAACAGAUCAGCUACAAAUAAGAGCAUAUGUGCAAAACCGAACCAUAAAAGUGUUAGUAAGUUAUGGAAAAUAUUGUUUAAUAUUAGAUCCCCGGCCCUCUAAAAAAUACAAUUACCUAUUAAAGUAAUGCCGUAAAAAAAAAAUUGUUCGACGUACCUACAAAUUAAAUGGCAAUAUUUUAAUUUUUAAUAAUUAAAUAAAACGUUUUGAUAGAAAUGUAAAAAAAAGAACAGUCAUAUGUAAAUGUUACGACAGUUAACAAUUUUAAGAAUACGCUAGCGAUUCAUUUCGUAUAAAUGCAAUAUUUAUAUUUGUUGUAUUAAAAUGAUUUACGGUUAUUUGCCUUUUAGUUUGUUUAGUAUGUGUUUUACAUUUCCAUCAAACUAUUCAAGCGGAAAUAAAUUUCACUAGCCACGCUUGUUGGCUUGUGUCUAUCGAGGUUAUAUCUUAUCCGAAUGAAUAUCGUGCUGGUAUCAUGCACGGAAUAUAUAACGAUUAUUAAUUAUUGCAAAAUUCCCAAGUAUCGUUAUAUCGUUGUAAUCAUUAUUAACUAAAGAAAUUUUGGAUAUUUAUUGCAUAUAAUUUACUUAUCUGUAAGUAAAUAGGAAAUUCGUAUAGAACUAAAUGUUCUGUUUGUAUAUUUAUUUCCCACGUUAUUUAGUUACCACUUUUGACUAUAUAAACAUAGACUAUAUGUAUACAGUCAGAGUGCCCCCACACUGUAGUAAUUUCUAACAUGCUAUAGAUAAAACGAUUAUAUAUGUAUAAUAUAUAAAUUCGUGUAUAUAUGUAUAAUUCACAUAAUAAUAUGUGUGUACAUUUUUCGUAUAAAAAUAAAACAAGUGCCAUAUUUCGACGCCUUUUAUGAAUUUUUGUAUCGCAUAAAAUUUGUACAAAUAUCAUGUAAAUAGCUGUAUCGUUAAUUUGAUUUAUUAGUAAUAUCAUGCAUGAUUAGAAAACUCAGUGUGGUAUUAAUUACAGAUAUUUGUGGGGAUAGUAAAGUGUGCAAGAUCAUAAAUUAAUCUUGUAAAUAAAGUAUUUAUUGUUUAAAAUGA